CGCAUUUUGAAUUGCUCGCGCAAAACACCACCAAACCACAACCCCCCCUCCCUCCCCGCCACCGAGCAUGAAUUCUCCAGCGGACGGCCGCGCCACCGCCACUUCGUCGCCGGCCAUGCCGACCCAUCCACAGAAGUCGGGCCAAUGCCCGUCGCAGGCGGCUGUGGCGAGGCAAGGAGUGAUGUACCCAGUGGCCUCCUCGGGCCGCGGUUUCAUACCCAAAUCCCCAAAUCAGCUGGACCCCGCGGCGGCGGUGCGCCAUCCCGUCCCCGCAUCCGCUAGGGCUUUGGCCCCUUCUCAUCCCAAGCAAUGCUUUUCCCCUUCCCUCCCCCUCCCCGAUUGCAAUGGCUGUAAAGAGCUCAGGGAUCGAGCCAGAGAGGACGCAGCUGCUGUCGUUCGAGAUAGAAAAGUCCGAUUGUCAGAUGGGGAUUCUCUUUAUGCACUUUGCAGAUCAUGGUUAAGGAAUGGUUUCCCUGAAGAACCACAGCCACCAUAUGGCGUUGGUGUUAAAUCCCUUCCAAGACCCCUGCCUCCUGUCGAAAGUUACAGGAUAGUAAAGAAAGAAGAAGCUGAAGAUGACAAGGAGGAGGAGAAGGAUGCUGAGGAGUUGAGCGCUAGUGAUUUGCUGAAAAGACAUGUUAAGCGUGCUAAGAGGGUCCGGUCAAGAUUAAGAGAUGAGCGAUCGCAACGGAUUGCAAGGUACAAAGGUAGGCUUGCCCUUCUCCUGCCCCUUCAGGUGGAGCAAUUUAAAAGUGAUUCAGCUGCUUAAACCUGACCGACCAUCUUUGACAAGCUGCACCUUCCAAACUGAGGAACCUGUUGAGUCUAUGCAAAAGCAGUUGAAGCAAACUGAUCUUGUCGUCAAGUUGGUUUCUAUUCCUAUUCAAGCAUUUGUCGAGGUUGAGUAAAUGCGUGGUUGAUGCUUCGUCUCUAUGAUUAGCAUUCUUGGAACACACUUGCAUGAUUGUUCUCUUUGUAGAUUCUAAUAGGUAGGGUUUGAGUAGUUGUUAUGAGAUGUUGCCUCUGGUGCCGUCCUGCGCUUUCACUUUCUGCCUUAAGCAGAAUUUGUGGCCUUGACUGAGAUGGUUGAGUUGCUGAGGUGAGACACUGAUUACAAUCAUGUAAGAAGUAUUGGGGUAACAUAAGACAUUCUCUCCUUUUUUUUCUCCAUUUGUUCAAUUUGUCUGUUAUUAAUUGGACAUGCCUCAA